AGUGGAGCUCCAUGCCCGGGCUUCUUGGGUCAACAUGUGCCCAGCAUCAGCUGCCAGUGAAGGCAGCACCGCCAGCAUCGCCCCUGAAGAAGACUUGGACAACAAUGCCAGAGCUGAGCAGCAGCAGCAGCCCCAGAAGCAGUCCCUGCUGAAGUCCUUGUGCCAGGACAGCCACUGGAAAUGUCUGCUGCUCUCCCUGCUUUUGUACGGCUGCGUGGGCGCCAUGGCCUGGUGCCGGGUGGCCACAGUGACGCGCCUCUCCUUCGACAGCGCCUACAAGGGCCGGUCCAUGAUGUACCACGACAGUCCCUGCUCCGACGGCUACAUCUACAUCCCCCUGGCCUUUCUGGUCAUGCUCUACGUGGUGUACCUGGUGGAGUGCUGGCACUGCCACGCCAGGCACGAGCUGCAGUACAACGUGGACGCCGACAACGUGGCCGAGCGCGUGCGGAGGAUGCAGCAGGCCACGCCGUGCAUCUGGUGGAAGGCCGUCAGCUACCACUACGUAAGGAGGACGCGGCAGGUGACGCGCUACCGCAACGGGGACGCGUACACCACCACGCAGGUCUACCACGAGAGAGUCAACACGCAGGUGGCCGAGGCCGAGUUCGACUACGGGAACUGCGGGGUGAAGGACAUCUCAAAGGGCCUGCGGGGCUUGGAGUGCUUCCCGGUCACCAAGUUGAGGUUCACCAAGUGCUUCAGCUUUGCCAACGUGGAGUCGGAAAACUCUUACCUGACCCAGCGGGCCAGGUUCUUCACAGAGAAUGAAGGCUUGGAUGACUACAUGGAGGCCCGUGAGGGGAUGCACCUGAAGAAUGUAGACUUUAAGGAAUACAUGAUUGCCUUCUCCGAUCCAAAUCACCUUCCGUGGUACGCAGCACAUUCCACCUUCUGGGCAGCAGCCGCCUUGACUCUCUCCUGGCCUUUACGGGUGCUGUCCGAGUACCGAACGGCGUGCGUCCACUACCACGUGGAGAAGCUCUUUGGCUUCGACUACGUACCGGUGACGCCUUCCGAGGAGCGUCCGUACUGCAGACACAUCCCGCGGGUCAACACCAUCGACAGCACGGAACUGGAGUGGCACAUCCGCUCCAACCAGCAGCUGGUGCCCAGCUACUCCGAGGCGGUUCUCAUGGACCUGGCCCAGCUUUCAGGCAGCUGCAAUAACUCCUCCGUUUGUCGGCGCUACAGGCAGAAUUGCCAGCGUUGCCAGCGGGCCAUCAGCAGUUCCUCCAUUUUCUCCCGCAGCGCCCUGAGCAUCUGCAACACGGCCAGCCCCCGGCUCCCGUUCAGCGCCAGCCGCUUUUCGUUGAGCCGGCUCUACGGCUCCAGGCGGAGCUGCCCGUGGAGGAGCAGCGGUAGCUUAAACGACGUGCCCAGCCGGCCCACGGAGAGCACGCGCUGCCUGUCGGGCCAUCCGGACGGCGGGGAGGGCCCUCCGGCGUACCAGGACGCGCUCUACUUUCCCGUACUCAUCGUACAUAGCAAUGAAGGCUGCCUCAGCCACGACCAUCACUCUUUGCACAGAAACGGAUCCUGUGUGGAGACUUCUCUAUGACCCUGGACCUAAGACAGGGGCUUAAGAGGACUGCGGUUGGCUAAGAAGCAGAUAUGAUGUGAUUGUUGCUUAGGGUACACACUGUGGCUUUUAAGACUUUUAAAGUUGAUUUAUCAAGACUGUGCUGCGUGGACAAGAUUCAUAUAACUAUGAAUUCACAGGAUGGUACUAAUAGUCCACGUUUUGGAAAUGUCUUGUGGUCUAAAACAGAAAGACAGGGGCACUUGGAGUGUAAUCUGCUAUUUCCCUCUGCCGCCGUUGUAAAAUAUUUUAAAAUGUACAAGCGAUUUUUUACAGUAUAAUUUUUAACAGAAAUACAAGUGUGACUUAUCGAUAAGUUAACCGGUUAUGAUGAA